AGAGGGGAGGCUGCUCGGUGGGCGAGAGCAGGAUGAAAGUCAGGAGUUGGAGCGCCGCUGGAGCGCGAGGACAACUAACUGAGACGUUAGCUAAACAUGUUGCGUUCAAAUGCCACAGACGGCAACGUGUGCCCCGACAGAGCGUCAGUGUUGAAGAAGGUGUCAGGUUAGCCUUUAUUAACGGUGAACAGAGUAUCUGCCAGGCGCGAGCCGCUGUCAUGGUGUAUGACGAUGCCAACAAGAAGUGGGUCCCAGCCGGCGGCUCCACAGGCUUCAGCAGAGUCCACAUCUACCACCAUACGGGCAACAAUGCCUUCCGCGUGGUGGGGCGCAAGAUCCAGGAUCAUCAGGUGGUGAUAAACUGUGCCAUUCCCAAGGGGCUCAAGUACAACCAGGCCACGCAGACCUUCCACCAGUGGCGCGACGCCCGACAGGUCUACGGCCUCAACUUCGGCAGCAAGGAGGACGCCAACGUAUUUGCCAGUGCCAUGAUGCACGCCCUGGAGGUGCUCAACUCCCAGGACACAGGCCCCACAUUGCCCAGACAGGCACCCCAGGUCCAGAAUGGCCCCACACCAGAGGAGAUGGACCUGCAGAGAAGGCAGCUCCAGGAGCUGCAGAAGCAGAAGGAGAUGGAGCGCGAGCGCCAAGACAGGGAGCGUCAGGAGCGGGAGCGCCUGGAGCGAGAGAUGCUGGAGCGCGAGCGGCAGGAGCGCGAACGUCAGGAACGGGAACGUCAGGAGAGGGAGGCGCAGGCAGAAAGGGAGCGUCUGGAACGGGAGCGCCAGGAGCAGCAGGAGCGUGCCGAGCGUGAGCUGAUGGAGAGGGAGAAGGCGGAGAGAGAGCGGCUGGAGAGGGAGCAGCAGGAGCAGUUGGACAGAGAGCAGCAGGACUGGGAAAGAGGGAGACGCAUCUCCAACGCCGACAUGGUGCAGACCCCAGGGUUGACCACCCCGACCCCUCCCCCACCUCCACGGCCACCCGGCUCCCACGUGACUUCCGUGGGCCGCCACCCCAGCUGCCACCCACCACCCCGCGCCACCCUUCCCGCCCCGCUCCUCCCUCUCCCUCCACGUGGGAACUCAGGCGGGACCCCCCCUCCUCCACCAGGUCCACCUCCUCCUCCCGGGGCUCCACCCCCUCCCCCAGCGCCUCCCCUCCCCAUCGGACUGUUCUCUCCUGCAGAGGACCGCCCCAUCUCAGGUCUGGCCGCUGCCCUCGCCGGAGCCAAGCUGCGCAAAGUGCCAAGGAGUGAUGAUGCAGGGGCAGCUUUGGCAGCAGCCAUAUUGGGUGCUGGAGGGGCCACGGGGGCCAAAUCUGAAGCCAGAGGCAACGGCCCUCUGCCCGGAGGAGGAGGGCUUAUGGAGGAGAUGAGCGCCCUAUUGGCCAGGAGGAGAAGAAUUGCAGAGAAGGGUUCGUCACCUGAACCCGACCAGAGAUCAGAGGAGGGCGAGAUAAACACGACCCCUAAAAUGUCAGCCUGUAGCACACCAGACAUGCCCAGGAAGCCAUGGGAAAGAACAAACACCAUGAACGGUAGCAAAUCUCCAGUCAUCGGAAGACCUAAAUCCACUCCUACACCUACUGCAUCCUUAAGUGCCAACGGUGUGCCAACAGAAUCUGUUGACUAUGACAGAUUGAAACAGGACAUUCUGGAUGAGAUGAGGAAGGAGCUGUCGAAGCUAAAAGAAGAGCUCAUUGAUGGUAAUUAUCAUCGAAAUCUGUGCUUUUACACACACACACACACACGCACACACAUCAGGCAUCCUGCAGAAAGAGCAGCAAAGACGUUCAUCUAUAGACAGGAAGUGAACAUGCAUACUCAGAAACACACAGUAAGGUAUUAUUAUGACUCAUAAUUUAUAGCAACUGUAGUUUGGGCUAAACAAGCUGCAGCAGCAUGUUGUUGCAGCAAAAGGCGGGACAGAAAGUGCUACUAUACUGGCUGAAUUCAGCUGGUCUGCUGGUCCAACCUUUUUGGAGCCUCAUUGAUAUCAAAGAUGUAAACCACUUUUAUAAACUGCUACAUGUUUGUGAUUCCUUAAGCCAAAAUGUGUGAAUCUGCAGUUCAUAUCAAGUAACAAAACCUGUCUUUCAAAAAUAAGUGCUGCCAGUGGCCAGCAGAUAUACUUACUGAGCAAGGCUAGACUACAAAAUGGGCCAAGGCCCCAGGUUCAGUGUGUGGUUCCAACUGAAAUAAACAAGACCUUAAAGACAUACAAUGCAGGAUUUUCGUUGCCAUUUGUAAACGCACCAUUCAAAGUCCGCCGCUCCUCUCCGAUAAAACAAGGUAUACAGCGAGAGCUGAAACGCUGUUACCGAGAACAAAGCAGUGAAUUAGAGAAAUAAAAUCAUAUUUUCUGAUUUCACAGUGGUUAUGUUCUAAAGCGCCUCCGCACAAUCCUGCGGAAGGUGCUUGUUGCCAGAUUUUGUGCCAAAGUUGCACUGUCUGCUGUGUGUAGUUCAGCUCUGCCCUUGGUCAAACAGACAGAGCAGAUAGAGCUAUCUUCAAGCCUCCAACCCAAAGCUGCUUUCUAUCUUUCUAGGCUC